AUGUUUAACCAGCCCAGCUCUUCUACCUUACCACCUCCAAAGCACGAUUCUACAUCUAUCAAGUUAGCCAAGGUGUCCAUUGAUAAGGAUUUGUUGAUUGGAAUUUUGGAUGUGAGAGUUUAUGAGCUUGAAAAUGAAAAUUCUCAAAAGAGUAAGCAGAUCUCAGACCUUCAACCCAAUAUUGGUGGGUUGACAACUCUUUAUUUUGAUCUCAAAGAAAUAUUAAUUGGAAAUUUUGGUGACGAGUUCAAGACUUCAGGUUCUAAUGAUGGAAAAGCUUUAGAGACAUCUGAAAGAGUUGUGGUUAAUCUUGCCCCAGAUUAUAACCUUGAUCAAUUUAUGUCUUCUAGCCUCGUCAUAGCUGAAUAA